CCUCGCGUUCAUGAAAGCUUUCGAAAUGGUCCGUCCGUUUCUCAGUGACUGAAGAAGAGUGAAGCAGCUUGAGAAAGCUCCCUACAUACCCAAAAAAAAAAAAAAAUUCAAACCUCAUUUCCAUGGCGGAUCGCUCAAUCCAACAACCCAAACAAAAAGAAAACCAUUAAGCGCUAAGCAUUAAAUCGUUACCUUUUUUAUUUCUAAUUUCAUUUCCAUUUUUGUAAAAAAAAAUUUUGAAUUCCAUGUCAGCUCUGGCUGCUUCAGUUUCAUCUUCUUCUUGGAUCCCUGAAGACGACCUCUUAUUAAAGAACGCCAUUGAGUCUGGUGCUUCAUUGGAAGCACUAGCAAAAGGUGCGGUUCGAUUUUCACGAAGGUUUACGGUUAGAGAAUUGCAAGAUCGAUGGCGUGCUUUACUUUAUGAUCCUGUUGUUUCAGAUCAAGCAUCGGCUCGGAUGAUUGAGGUUGAAUUAUCUGAUUCUAAUUUAGCCUCGAAAUCAAAUAAGUUUGAUAAUUCUGCUGAAAAUGGAAGUGCUAAAAGAAAAUUGGAAAGCGUUAGAAGAUUGUAUUAUGCUAUGAGGAAAAGGACCUGUAAUGAACUUGUAACUAACUCUAGUGAUGUUGGAUUUCUUGAAUCACCAAAUGGUAAUGAUUACAUCCGUGAUAGAGGUGGCUGCGAGGAGCCUGUAGGACCUGUCAAGGAUUAUAUUCAAAACCAGUUUGGAUACUGUGAAUUAGGGAUAGAUGGUGUGCGUAAUGGAUUGCGAGAGGAUGAUUUGAAAGUUACUUUGAAGAAGGAUUGUAUUAGUGAAAAAGUUGACAGCCAGGAACGGGAUGAAGUGUGUAAGAGGUCUCCUCAUGUAAUUUGUGAGGCUUCAGUUGAAUUUGGGCAUUCGUCUGAUGUUGAGGGAAUCAAGCCUUACUCAAUGGGAUGUUCAUCGCCACAGCCAGAUUUGCCACUUUGGAAAACGAUGGAAGAUAUUCCAGCAGCUGUAAUGCCAAUAAAUGGGGGCGCUGGAGAUGAAGGCCAGGAUGCAGAAGGUGAAGUUGUACAUCCCGAAAAUGUGGAUGGUAAGAAAGUACGUACAUCUGGAUAUGAUAUUGUACCUUCAGAACUGAUGUUGAAAGAUGGCUAUGAGAUUAAUAGUUCAGCUGCUAUCUCUGGAGGUGAUUUAGCAGAAACAGAUGCUCUGUUAAACUUUGAUGGUGACACAAUGGAUAGAUCUUGUUAUGAUAAUGUGAAUUCGCUUUUGCUGAAUUCUCCCAAUGAUGUUCAUGAAGAUGAUACAUUGAAGACUAACGAAGCUGAGACAUUAGUUUCACAUAGUUGUCCUGGUACAACAGAAGCUGCCUAUCCUGCAAAGUUGGGUGAAAUUCCUGACCAACAGACACAUUCUGGGCAUGGUGAACAGCUAGGUGUUUCUUGUCCAGAAAUCAGUUUGUCUUCAUCUACAUUGGUAUCAAAUCCUCAUUCUCCUAAACUUCAUGAUGUAAUGAUUUGCUGCACAUUGAACAGUGAGGACCCUGAAAUCCCAUGCAAUGAUGAUCUGCUCUUGGGUAAAGCUUUUGCUUUAUCUGUAACACAAGAGUGUCAUAACAUGGGUAGUGACCAGGCUUCAUCCUCUGCAAAUCAAAGAGAUGGUAAAGAACUGAGCUUGAUAAAGACAGAAGAUAAUCUUACUCAAUGUUUUACUGCUCCCAAGAUCGUAGGAUUGGACACUUUGUCAGAAUCUAGUCAAGGUGUCAAAUCUGAGAUUCAGGAUGGUCAAUGUCAUUUGAUUUCCAGACAUGCUCAAAAUUCUCUGUUCGACCCAUGUAGGUUCAAAGCAGCACAAGCCUUUGCCAAGUCUGCCGCAGAUGGUGCAGCAAAGGAAGAACCAUCAGAUGAAUGCAAUGCCCAAGAUAUGCCAAGAUAUGAAACAAGUUCCAUUGUAGAUACUGUUUUGGAAUCUGAAGCAAACCCGACAACAUCUGAUGGGAUAGAAUAUGAAAGUGAUGAUAAUGUUCCUACCUUUUCUGAUAUUGAAGCCAUGAUACUUGAAAUGGAUUUAUGUCCAGAUGAAUCUGAUUCUUUUGUUAGUAGAGAAGUCUCAAGGUAUCAAGAUGAGCAUGCCAAGAGGACAAUCAUUAGGUUGGAACAGUCUGCUCGGUCUGCUAUGCAAAGAGCUAUUGCAUCUCGAGGAGCACUCGCUGUCUUCUAUGGCCGUCAUAUGAAACAUUACAUUAAAGACACUGAGGUUAUACUUGGCAGGGCAACCAGGGAUGUUGAUGUUGAUAUUGACUUGGGGAGAGAAGGGCAUGCUAACAAGAUAUCUAGGCGACAGGCACUUAUAAAAAUGGAAGAAGAUGGUUCCUUCUCUUUGAAGAAUCUUGGCAAGAGUUCAAUAUUUUUAAAUGGGAAAGAAGUUUCUACCGGACAGCUGAUGGGUCUUGGUUCAAGUAGUUUGAUUGAGAUUCGGGACAUGGCUUUUGUCUUUGAAAUAAACCAAAAUUCUGUGAAGCGUUAUCUGGAAAAAAUCACCCAGAAAAAACAAAAGACAACCACUUUCCAAUGGUCGGAAGAGCCAAAGAGGGUAUCACAUGAAUAGGAAGACCUGCUUAUGGGUACCUUUUAAAACACCCUACCUUCCUCCUGGAAAUUUAUUUUGUUUAGGAUAUUUAACAUUAGUCUUUAGGGCUUACCCUUAAUGAUAGGAGCAUGCAGAUAUCAUAUCAUGUUGCUCUGUUUUAUACAAUGGCCGUAUAUAUAGACACAUAUUGACUUAAAUAUAUGUAUAAAAAAAAAGUAGUUGAUUCCUGACUUCUUUAACGAAAUAGAAAUUGAUGUUUCUCGAAGUUGACUGCAGUUUAAGGCAGCAAGACUGGGCAAAACAUGUUGUAGCUGUUGCCAUCAUUCGCUUGUUAUAGUUUUUAAGAUUACCUCUUUGUAGAACGAUCUCAUAUGACAGUUGACAUGGGUGAAAUAGAAAUAGAGCUCCAGACAUCGGGUCCUUUCUUGUUGGAAUCCUGAUCCAACACCAGCUAGCCCUUGCCUUCUUAUUCUCCAAACUUUAACAUGCGUUGUUCCUUUCAAAAUUUUCAUGCUCCAGUUUUGCUACCAAAGGUGAACCAAAAUUACCCAUUACUGACUUACAGCAGCAAACCAAAACAAGAACCAAAAGGCACGACUGGAUAUGGUAAUGACUUAUGGUUAAAGUUGAAAACUAAUAGCAAUUUUACACGCAACCUUUGCUUUGAGUGUUUUCUUGAUUACAUUAUUAUGCCUAUAAAAACUAUCUCAUGAAUGAAUUGUGUAGAAAAGUUUGGUCCCAUUCCCAUCCUUGGUAGUUAGCCAUUGUUGAGAGUUUUGUCUGAUCUGGUAGCAGCCUCGUACUUUCUUGGCUUUAGAUGCUACAAAAUUACUUGCUCGCCCCUCCAAAAUUGAGAAAAAUGAAAAGUCCAUGUGCUAGUGUUAUGUGUCAACUUCAUUAUUUUUCACUUAAAAUUCUUUCAUCUUCUGAAACGACGAGGCACCAAGUUUUCUAGCACUAACAAUAAUGAUGUUUACAAAAUGGGACCCCAAAAUCAAGAAAGUAUGAUCAUGCGGCAAAGCAAUCCAGCAAUUAAGGUUUAGAAAUUCUUUAAAAAACAACAAUCUGGCAAAUGUGUUGGGUGUACCUAAUGAGAAUCUACAUUCUGGAAAUGGCAAUGGCUUUUCCAAAGGCUUGUUGAAAAUACAAGUCUUCGUUACCUAUAAUCAAUUUGCAUUAUACAACCACUAACUUUAAAUCGGUGGACCAGACUCCCCCAAACCACCCACCAACCAAGAGAGUCCUUGCAACUGGAAGCAUCCAGGAGAUGCCAUAUGGGUUGGCACUUGGCAUUUGAUUCCAUCGACUAACAACCAGUAAUCAACUAAUCUUUUUUUUUUCUUUUUUUAUUUGUGAUCAGCAUAAUCUUUCUUUUCUUGUAUAUCAAC